CUUUGCAGGAAGUGCCUGAGCUGAGCCAAGCUGUGCCGGGCUGAGCCGAGCCAAACCGCGCACGGCCGGCCUUUCGGGACCUGGGUUUUGUGUGCCAGAGACCGGGUGCAGAGGGGAGCCAUCUUUCCUCCUCCUCCUAGUCCCGGCUGCCUCGUGGUGCUGCCGGUGCCUGCCUGCCUGGCAAGUCAGAGCAUGUCCGGACCCCGUGGACGAGACACAGAAGAUGGCAGAGCUGCUGGGGCUUGGGGACGAGUGCAGGGAGGGGGCUUCGGGGGCUUCUGCAGUUGCUGGCUCCUGCCUUGCAGACAACAGGCUGAACCUGGAUGUUUAUCCUGACGGCUGCCGCCGGUUCCUUCAGCUGUUCAAGGGGCGAAGGGGAGAGGUGGUCCAGGUGGAGUUCCUCCGGCUCAGCAGCAAUGAUCGCCUCCUUGGCACCACGCUGGGCAUCCUUCCUCAUCUGAAGCACCUGAAAUCCUUGGUGCUCAAAGGUGGCCAUGCCAGGGAUGAGUUUGGUUCAUGUCAGCAUGGGUCCUUGACAAACUUGCCAACAAACAUUGGGAACCUGAGGUGUCUCACCCACCUGGAUCUCAGCUUCAACAAUCUCUCCACCUUGCCCAGCUGCAUCCUCCACCUCCCCAGCCUCCGUGUGCUCCUGGUGAGCCACAACAGCCUGGUGGCACUCCCUGAGGACUUCGGCUCUCUGAGCAAGCUGACUUUCUUCUCUGCUAUGAAAAAUCAGCUGAAGGACUUACCUCAGAGCAUUGGGGAACUGGCAGUUCUGCAGGACCUGUAUCUCUCAGAAAAUGCUUUGGAAUUCCUCCCUGAAGAAGUUGGGAAUCUGCACAACUGCACAGAGCUGGAUCUCUCUGGGAAUCGCUUAUCGAGCAUCCCGGACUCCUUAGCCAAUUUGAAGUCUCUGCGGCGACUGCAUCUCCACAGCAAUCUCCUGGUGACAGUCCCUGCCUCGCUUGCCAGCCUGCCCAACUUGUCCAGACUUGAUCUGCAGAACAAUUGCCUCCGUGCUGUCCCCCCUGAGAUCCAGACCUUGCCAUUCGUGCACCUCCGAGGCAAUCCCUUAGGAGAAACUGAGCCAUCCCCGCAGGCCGAUGAAUCCAGUGCCAGAGGGCUACGAAAACUGUUCCUUGCAUCAGGAGAGGACAGCUUUUCUGUCACCUCUGAAGGCUGCAAAGUGGUUCUGGCCUGUGGCAUCCAUUUCUACUUUCCACCGGGGGCUGCCUCUGACCCUCUGCGGAUCUACUUCCGAACCCUUGCACCAGACCCUCAGUGGGUAAAGCUGAGACACCAUGAUGUCCUGCUAAGUGGAGUCCUGGAGCUGCAGCCUCAUGGGGUCAAAUUCCAGCAGGAGGUGCAGAUCAGGAUGCCAUAUGCCUCCCCUCAAACCCUUCACCAGCGUGAAGUGGUAGUUCGGACCUUCAGUGGGCAGAGCUGGAGUGAUCUGAGAACAAGAGUGGAGCAGAAGAGAAAAUCAAAGAAGCACGUGGCUCACUGUAGUGUCCUUCACUUCUCCUGGUUCCUCGUUGUGUCUCGACUUGUGCAAAAUGAAUGCAAAGUGCCAACAGAGGGGACAUUGCUCUUUUCCAGUGUGGAUCCAAACAUCAAAGUGACCUUUCCUCCUGGAGUCACUGAAGAGACUCGCAGUGUCAAGCUGCAGGUGCUGCCGGUCUCUGCAGAAGAGAUGGAGGAAAUCACGGCCGAUGCAGGGUGCAGAGCCAGUCCCCUGCUCUGCCUCUCCCAGGACUCCCUGAUGGAUUUUCUCAGGCCGGUGAGAAUUCAGCUGCCCCUCCCGCCUGGGGUCACAGGGCUAAAUUUGGAUCGGUCAAGGCUGCAUCUUCUCCAUGGCGACCUGGAGGGCCAAACCUGGGAUGACAUUACCAGUCAGGUGGUGCUGGAAUUCACCCAUCUUUAUGCAGUGUUUGAAGUCACCCACUUCUCCUGGUACUGGCUGUGGUACACCACCAAGACCUACAUUGGAGGCAUUGCCAAGAAAGUCUAUGAGCGGCUGCGUAUGUACCAGGUGAACUUCAUUGCUCUGCAGAGGAAGAAGGACCCCGAGCAAGUCCUGCUACAGUGUGUCCCCAAGCACAAGGUUGACCCAGUGCUGAAGAAGCUGCAGGACCGCUAUCGAGGACCUGAGCCAUCUGACAUGGUGGAGAUGUUUGAGGGAGAGCAAUUUUUUGCAGCUUUCGAACGAGGCAUCAGCAUCGAUAUGGAUCGCCCUGACUGCGUGGAUGGACGUCUCUCGUUUAUUUUUUACUCCCACUUGAAGAACAUGAAGGAAAUCUAUGUGACUUCCCCUGUAGACAGGAAAGGCCAAGCUGUAAAAGGCCAGGUCUCUUUCUAUCGAGGGGCAAUCCCUGAGAGCAUCCCUGAAGAUGCCAGCAGGAGGAGGAAAGGACCAGACUCCCUCUGGCUCGCUACUCUGCCCAUCAAAUUGCCUCGAUUGAAACCCCGCUGGGGUGAGAACCCCGGUCCCCUGAAUGGCUUCUCUUUCCCUCCCUUGAACCUGGGCAACGCCGAGACUGGCUACCUGACACAGGCAAACCUGCUGAGCAUUGCCAGGCGCGUGGGAGCUGACUGGCAGACCAUCGGCCUGAACCUGGGCUUGACCUAUCAGCAGAUUGAGCGCAUAGGAUACAAUAACAGAGAGGACCUUGAUAAGCAGAUCCUGGACAUGCUUUUCUCAUGGGCUCAGCAAAACUCGGAGGAUCCUGACUGUGUGAGCAAGUUGAUUACAGCCAUGAAAGAGAGUGGCCGCCAGGACAUUGCUGAUGAGGUUGAAACCAUCAUUGAGCUGGGACGGCAGAAAUACAGGGAGUCCAUCCGCAGAGUGGGCUUGGAGCAGGAGAGCAGCACUGAGGACUCUGCGAUAGCCAUGAUGUAGCACCUAGCACAAAGAACUGGCUUUUUUUCUGGGGUCCCUCUGCGUAUCUGGAAUGACAAUGUCUUGGGGCAGCUCCCACCUCAAGGGUCAGCGUCUUCCUGAGGAGCUGGAUGUUGAUUUACUUGCGAGCAGACUACUGAGCUCUCUUGGGUUUAUGCUUACUUCUGCCAAUCCCAGGCAGUUUAGAGUGCAUGAUUGAGCCUUUUCUGUACUUCCACUUCUUGACUUUGAGCUCUAGAUUUCAGAAACAUGGAGAAAUUCAGAGACUGAAGUGUCUGUCAGUUGAGCAGUGGCUAAAGUAGCCUUUAAUGAAUUAAUACUCAUGUUAUGUAUAUUUAUUUAUAACUUAUUCCCAAAACUGUGUUCUGCUGGAAACAUUGGGUGUGAGCAUUUGGGUCUGUUUGUGCUCCAGUGCUUGAUGGGAAAGUGGAAGUGCAGCUGUGUUAUGAAGGUCUGUGAUGGGUUUGGGACUGUUCAGCUAUUUAUGUUAAUGAUGUGUUUUGCUCACAUGAAAACGUGAACUGUAUUCCACAUGAAAAUAUUUUCUAUUUUCUGCCAAAUCUCUUCCAGUUUCCUCAAGCCCAAAACAAAACCUAAGUAUUUGUGGGGAAAAGAAAAGAAACUAAUUUCUAGCAAAAUUGCUCUUAUUUUUUGGCUUUGCUCCAAAAGUUAUUUUGGAACAAAUAACAUUUCACAUUAUGCCUAAGCUGCUACACCUGUCAGGCUUUUUAGAUGAGACCUACAUGCUGCCAGUCUUCGACAGAUUUCCAGUUUUAUUUUACAAAUAUGUAAAAAUCCAUAACCCUGCUGGUCUGGGAGAGACUCUAAUUUAAGUCAAAGUAAAAUUUCCCUUGCAGUUUCAAAGGGAUAUUCCUCACAUCCUCCCAGUGAAGUAUGCCCAUGUAGCAGUGAAGGUGUGACCCCUCAUGAAACUUGGUGAAAAGCGUGACUUAAAUUUGCAUUUUAAAAACUGGUCUGACCAGCUGUGAAAUGGGCACUGUUGUGCAUUGGCAUGAACUGUGCUGAGCUAACCUCCCAGUUUUGCAGUCUGAACAUCUUGUAUAAGACUGGAAGCGUUUACUGCUUUUUAACUGCUCAGCCACUGACUUCUGAGAUGCCCUUCUCUUCCUGUUCCCCAUCUCAACUACUGACCCACUAAUGACAGUGGGAAAUUUCGUGCAAGCUUUUUGAAAGGCUACUGUCAUCUGUGUAAAUUCAGCUCUUUCAAGACAGCUUUGGAUUCAGCAUAUCCCAGCCUCUGAGCAAUAUUUAAAGGGCUGUUCUCAGUCUGAAAAAUAGAAGUCUGUAUAAAAAUGCCAGGUUGCAACACCCAAAGUCAACCUGGAGCUGCAGGUCUGAGAAAUCCUGGUGUUUUCUUCCCCCUGUGGAGAAUCAUCGAUGGUUUCCCUGAUGCUGUGUUUCACACCUGCCAUCAGUACUAUUGAAAGAGAGGCAUAAAAUAGUUCUGCCUUUUUUUUUUUUUCUUUUGAGGCCAUUCUAACAUCUUAGGCCACAGAGUGAUUAGUAUCCAGUCCAGAGCACUGGACAAGGACUCGUAGACUUGAGUUGUUGCCUUGGGCCUAAGGCCUUCCUCAGAUCUGAUUUCUUCGGCCAUGCUGCCCCUCCAGUCUCAUGUUCGGUUCAAAUCAGCAGUUCUCUUUUGAAUGUAUGUUUUCUCUGGUAGUCUGUGUCAUAUGUUUUUGUCUGUAAUUUUGAUGUAUACUGAUGAGGUAUUUGUUCUUUCCUCCAGUUUUGGAGAGAUGCA